GUAGACAUAUUUUAUAUUUAAAUUCAUUUAUUUUUUAGUGAACCAAAAAAAUCGGAAUGGUUAGUUAAAUAUGAAUGGUGGGUAUAACGCACUGGGUAUAAAUAAAUGUGAGAGAGAGAAUAGUGAUUCUAAUAGGAUUCUGAUUCUCUACAUCUCCCAUAGGAACCAAAUCAACGGAAUCUUCAUCAUACAGUUGGAACCGUACCGGCGGCUAAAGAAGGCAGUACAAUGGGGAAUGUAACGGCUGACGUGGAGGCGACGCCGCCCUCGGCGGCGGCGGAGGAGGUGUGCGCGGUGAGGCAGGUGGAUCUGACGGUGCCGAAGACGGACGACCCAGCCCUGCCGGUGCUGACGUUCCGGAUGUGGGUCCUCGGGGUGGCCUCCUGCGUGCUGCUGUCGUUCGUCAACCAGUUCUUCUGGUACCGGACGGAGCCGCUGAUGGUGACGGCGAUCUCCGCCCAGAUCGCGGUGGUGCCGCUGGGACACCUCAUGGCGCGCCUGAUCCCCGCCACCGUGUUCUUCAAGGGGACCAGGGCGCAGUUCAGCCUGAACCCGGGGCCCUUCAACGUGAAGGAGCACGUGUUGAUCACCAUAUUCGCCAACGCCGGCGCCGGAACGGUUUACGCCACACACAUAUUGAGCGCCGUGAAGCUGUACUACAAGAGGCCCCUUGGCUUCUUCCCUGCUCUUCUUGUCAUGCUCACCACCCAGAUGUUAGGUUAUGGGUGGGCUGGAGUUUUCCGUAAGCACCUUGUCGAGCCAGGGGAAAUGUGGUGGCCCGGCAACCUUGUACAAGUCUCUUUGUUCAGGUACCUCAAAAUUGUUAAAAAUUUAGAGUCUCUUUUCGAAUAACGUUAGACAUUAGCGUUGCAUUUUGAAAAAAUUAUCUAUAAUCAACAUUUAAUGUUAUCGUUUUCAAAGUAAUCUGCAAGAUUAAAGUU